AUGGCAAGGUGCUCUUGGACAAUAUUGUUUCUUCUCUCUGCCCUUUUCCUUCAAACAGAGCAGACAGUGUUUAUAUCAGCUAAUGAUGCAAACAACGUUAUCAAGAGACAGAGGCGUGCUAGUUCCCUACUUUUGGAGGAGGUUCUCCAAGGCAGCCUGGAGAGGGAAUGCCUCGAAGAGAGAUGUACACAAGAAGAAGCAAGAGAAGUAUUUGAAAAUGAUGAAAUGCUUAAAAUGUUUUGGGAUGCCUACUACGGUGGCAGGAGGUGCUGGUGGAGCCCCUGCCAGCACAACGGCGUGUGCGAGGACAGCAUUCGCGGCUAUACCUGCACCUGCGCUGAGGGCUACGAGGGAGAGGACUGUGCUUUCGCUAAAAAUGAAUGUCGCCACCAAGCAAAGGAAGGAUGUCACCACUUCUGUUACCCGGGAAGUCAUUCCUACCGUUGCUCCUGUGCUGAUGGCUAUGAGCUCGGGAAGGACAAAAAACAGUGCAUCGCGUUAGAUCAAUGUGCAUGUGGCAGACUUCAAGACAGUGACAAUCUGAUAAGCAAAACCAGGAAGAAACGUGAUGAAGGAUUUCCUUGGCAGGUCCUGCUGCUAAACUCAGAAGGGAAGGGCUUCUGUGGAGGAGUGCUGCUAAAAAGUAACUUUGUACUGACUACAGCAGAGUGCGCCCUUCUGCACAGCCAUUUUGAAAUCAGGGUUGGUGCUGGACCUAAUGGAACAAGUGGAACUGAGAAGACACUGCAAGUUAGUGAGAAGCACAUACACAUCCGGUAUGACGAAGACACCGCUGAGAACAACAUUGCAUUACUACAACUCCAAGAGCAUGUCGAGUGCAACAACCACCAGCUUCCUGUCUGCACCCCUGAAAGAGACUUUGCAGAACACAUUUUAAUUCCAAAACUGGCUGGCACAGUCAGUGGCUGGAGAAUGGAAGGCGAUGAACUCCAAGGUGAUGAGUUGCAGGUUGCUGAGGAAAGCAAACAAAUACUCAACAUAAGCCUCACAAACAGGCAGUUUUGUGGACACCUCCAGGAGGCCGUAGACAAACGACUGGCUGGAGGAAGCUUUUUAGCUACAGAGUAUAAGGGCACUUGGUUUCUGACUGGUAUCCUGGGAUCCUGGCCACUAGAAGACACUGACUGGGAAACAUUUCUAUUCACUAACACCGCCAGGUAUAUGAUAUGGUUUAAACAAAAAAUGAAAUGA